UAACAUGUUUUGACAAGCCGCGGUGGGUAUCCAUCAAGAGAGCCCGACCAACCCACUCGGGUUAACAACAGUAUUCGUUUCACUCUAGCCUAUAUUUUAUUUAUUAUUUCUCCCCCUGUGCGCUGGUGGCGAGCAAGGGUGCGCACGAGAAGACAAACCGUAGACGGCGGGUGGAAGACACGGUGUUUUGACGGGAUUGAACUGCAAGCUACACUAUAUCUCUUAGAUGGUUGUAUUUUAGCCUCCAUUCUACGGAUUUUUGGAAGCUAAAACAAAUUCGUGCCUGUAUGGGACACAGUCUUCCUUCACCUUCGCUGUGUGGGUUGUGUGCUGCGUAUUGAGAAAUGAUGAGAGGCUGAAGAGCGUGCAGAUUUCUAACGGACGGUGGCGGCAUUAAUAAAUAUACGUUUUCAUACAACAGCAGCAUCCGCCUACCUUACAGGAAACAAACCCAGAUGCUUGUGCUUGUGAUUCUUCGCUUUUACAGAUCAUUCUGUGACCUGCAACGGGGACCGCUAUGAACGGACCUGCCGAUAAAGACGCUCUAUGCAUGCUUUUACCAUCUGGUGAUGUAUUUUUCGAUGAUUGGCACGCCUUGGAAUAAUGAAGAUAAUAUCAACUUUACUUUGGCUUUGUGAUGGGUUCAUUUUAUGAUCAAUAGGCUACGUAAAGUAACGAAACAUCUGUGUCAUUAUAGAGUAGAUUCCGCAUAUUCCGUUAUUUUACAUCCAUAGAUUUAGUGCGGAUUACGCAAACACAGUGGCAUUAAUUAUAAACCUGUAUUUUUCUUUGUGAAUGUGAGAUAUUGAAAAAGAGAAAAACAUAAAAUGCAUGUGCUAUGACUGUCAUAACCUAUACAUGCUAAUGUAAGGUACACAUUAUUGAUCUCAUUGCCAAACGUGAUUGCUAAAUUUUAAAGGUAACCUUUGCUUAUGCAGGUCCAAUCGAUUGCACGAUAAGGAGAGUUCUGGCAAUCAGUUUGUCACAGGGGUGUGUUUUUCAGCCCCUCAUAUCAACUUUUACACAUGCAACAAGACACAUAGAGAAGCUUUCCAGCAGAGAGGGUGUGAGAGUGGAGUGUUGUCUAACCAUUGUAGCUUAUAGCCUACUGCUGAAUACGUUUAGGCAAUCAUAAAGAAAAACCAUUUCAAUGGUUUUCCGAAAGUUGCCCGGUGUGUCGGCAUCGGGCAUGGGUCUUCGCCUAUCCCAGAAAUUCGUGUUUCUACUUUUUCUUUCGGGCUUGGUAACUCUGUGUUUCGGGGCCUUAUUCUUCUUACCUGACUCUGUCCGUUUGAAACGUAUUUUUCUCUCAAAGACGGAGAGCCAGCCAGUAACGGUAGAGUCUGAGAAUGAUGUAAGGGAGCAUCUUAAGAAGGGAGCGAAGGACCCAGAACAUCUCCGGGGCAUCACCUCGGCCAAAGGGGAGACAAGCACAAAACUCAAAGCCUUGAGCCGCAAGCCCUCUGUCACCAAUGAGGCUAAAACGGACAAGAAAGUCGCUGGCGGGGAAGCGUUGGAGGACAUGAUGCUGUCGAUGUCUAAAACGGAUCCGGCUUCUAAGGAUGAGAAAGUGACCUCGUCUUCUAACCAGGGUGCCAACACGGAUACUUCUUUCGAUUACAACAAGUUUAAAAAAUGUCUGCUAAAGCCGCCCUUGGGGGUCGAACAUGGCAAGCCGAGCGACCCUCAGACCCUUCAGCGUCGGGAGAAAGUCAAGGAGGUAAGAUGACAAGCAGUCACAGUGUAAAACAGUUAUUUACACAACAGCUGGGGGAUCCAUGUCCUAAGCUGUCAAAGCAUUGCAGCCAAAUUGUCUCAAUAGGAUAUGCCACUGCAAUAUAAUAUACAAGUAAUCAAAAUGUGCGUAAUUACACAUCAAGCUGCCGACGAAAAUUGGGGUUUUGAUGUGGCCACUGGCCAGAAGGAGUUCUCUU